GAUCCAGGACAUGAAGAGCACAGAACAAAGACUGUGAGCCGGAUUUGGAAGGAAACCCAGGCAGAUCAGCCUGUACUUACCAGCUGUUCUGAUCUCCUGAAACACCAGAACUGGCACUCUGCAUCCCAUCUGGUUCCUGAACAUCCCAGCUUAGAGGAUUCCAUAGAGAGCUACCCCAGUGACCUUGCUCCCAGAGAAAAGCUGACCUCUCAGAAGGUCCACUCACAUCAUCACUCAGAAGCAGCACCAUCAACUGCUCCCAGUCAUGGGUCAGACUUCCUCUUCUACACCCCCUCAGAAGGAGGAUCCUGUUUUGACCUCCAGCCUUGACUCCAAUCUUCAGAAUUUCAAGAUGGAAACCAAAGUCCUGUCUCAGGAAUUAACCACCUUGAUUGGAUCAUACCUAGAGGAUGGAAACCUUCGGGGAACAGUUUCUGCAAUCAGAGAUGCUCUGAGUGACAUCGAGAAAGCCCCACUGAACAUUGCAGUAAUGGGGGAGACUGGGGCUGGAAAAUCCAGUCUCAUCAAUGCCCUAAGGGGAGUGGGGCCUGAUGAAGAGGGUGCGGCUGCUUCCACUGGAGUGACAUGUACAACCACUGAGAGGACAUCAUACCCAUACUCAAAGUUUCCCAGUGUGACACUAUGGGACCUGCCUGGCAUUGGGUCCACUGCCUUCCAACCACAUGAUUAUCUAAAGAAAAUCAAGUUUGAGGAGUAUGAUUUCUUCAUCAUUGUGUCUUCUGGACGCUUUAAACAUAAUGAUGCAGAACUAGCCAAAGCCAUUGUGCAAGUGAAUAGGAGUUUCUAUUUUGUACGAACCCACACAGAUCAUGAUAUAAUGGUUCAAAAACAGUGUAGUCCUCAGAGAUUUAAUAGAGAGAAUAUCUUAAAGGAGAUUCGAAAUUCCAUUUCAAGUAUACUUAAGGAAGUUACCCAGCAGGAGCCUCCAGUCUUCUUAGUCUCUAACUUUGAUGUGUCUGACUUUGACUUCCCAAAGCUGGAGACCACCCUUCUGAGGGAGCUCCCAGCCCACAAAUGCCACAUCUUCAAGCUCACUUUGCCAAUUGUUGCUCAUUCUACCAUAGACCAGAAGAGGGAUACACUGAAACAGAAGGUCUGGAAGGAAUCAGUAAUGCCAAGAGCAUGGGCCACCAUACCAUUUAUGGGCUUGACCAAAAAUGACAUAGAGAAGUUGGAAGAGGCUUUGAACCUCUGCAGAUCUUCCUUUGGCCUGGAUGAGGCAUCCCUGGAGAACAUUGCUGAGGAUUUGCACGUGCCUCUGGAGGAACUCAAGGCGAACAUUAAGUCUCCACAUCUGUUUUCAGAAGAGCAGGGUAAACCACUAACAGUUAAACUAUUAGAGUACAUUAGCCAUCCUUACUUUUCAAAGGCUUUCCACUUGCAAAAUUACUUCAUUGACACUGUGGCAAAUGAUGUUAAAAUUCUCCUUAGCAAAGAAGAGCUUUUUAUGGAGAAGCCUCUUCUACUGCAAAGAGCUACAGGCAAGCCUUCCAGAACCUCUGCUCCAAUGGCUCAGCUUUUGGCAUCCAGCUUUGAAAACUUCUUUAAGAACUUCAAGAAGGAAAGCAAAAUCCUCUCUGAGGAAACCAUCACCUUGAUUGAAUCCCACCUGGAGAAUAUGAACCUUCCAGGAGCAGCUUCUGUGAUCAGCGAUGCUCUGAGAAACAUCGACAGAGCCCCACUGAACAUUGCGGUGACAGGAGACACAGGGGUGGGCAAAUCCAGCUUUAUCAAUGCCCUGAGGGGAGUGUGGGAUGAAGAAGAAGGUGCAGCCCCCACUGGGGUGGUAGAGACAACCAUGAAGAGAACUCCAUACCCACACCCAAAGCUUCCCACAGUGACAAUCUGGGACCUGCCUGGCAUUGGGUCCACCACCUUCCCACCACAAAACUACCUAACUGAAAUGAAGUUUGGUGAGUAUGACUUCUUCGUUAUCAUCUCGGCUACACGCUUCAAAGACACUGAUGCACAUCUGGCCAAAGCCAUCGCCAAGAUGAAUACCAAGUUCUACUUUGUCCGCACCAAGAUAGAUCAAGAUAUAGGUAACGAAGUCAGGGGUAAACCUAAGACUUCCAAUAGGGACUGUGUCUUAAAGAAAGUCAGAGAAAACUGUUCAAAGCAUCUCCAGGAGACCCUCUCCAGUGAGCCUCCAGUCUUCUUGGUCUCUAACUUUGAUAAGUCUGACUUUGACUUCCCGGAGCUGGAGAACACCUUACUGAGAGAGCUCCCAGCCCACAAGCGACACAUCUUCAUGAUGUCCCUGCACAGUGUUACUGAGACUGCCAUUGACCGGAAGAGGGAUUUCCUGAAACAGAAGAUCUGGCUGGAGGCCUUGAAGGCUGGAGCAUGGGCUACCAUUUCAUUUGGGGGCUUGAUCAGAGAUAAAACACAAAAGGUAGAGGAGACCUUGGAUCUCUACAGGUCUUACUUUGGGCUGGAUGAUGCCUCACUGGAGAAUAUUGCCAAGGAUUUUAACGUGUCUGUGAAUGAAAUCAGGGCACACCUUAAGUCUCUCCAUUUGCUAACAAGGACCAAAGACAUGUCCUUGGAAGAAAAAUUAUUGAAAUAUAUUGAAUAUAUUUCCUCCGUUACUGGGGGGCCACUGGCCACAGGCCUUUACUUUAGAAAGACUUACUAUUUGAAAAAUCUCUUCAUUGAUACUGUGUCAAGUGAUGCCAAGACUCUUCUCAAUAAGGAGGAGUUUUUAUCACAGAAGCUGGGGUCAUGUGUGUCUGAUGACCCAGAGUACUGGGAAGCAGCUAUGGACCUAUGAGGCAUAUACCUUCUGGCUGGCUUUGGGCACUGACUUACAGCCUACUUUGAAGUAGCAAUCAUUUUCAGUGAGAGACCAGAGGAUUCACCAUCCCUUUCCUCUUUCAGAGACAGACUGUCACUGUAGCAAGUGGAAGAAGAGUUAUCAACCGUGUAAAAACACAUGAGAAAGGCUGUCUCCCAUUAAAAUACCAUGUAUGAGAA